AUGUUUGGAUUGUUUCAUAAAUCAAGCGACAGGCCACUGUCUGAAAAGGGCCUGCUGGGUGUUCUCGAGUACUCUCAAAAGUCAAGCCGUUGUAUCGGUCAACUGGCUGACGAUAAUCGUGUUUCAGCAAACAACCUCAUGACAUACGGAUCUGUAUUAGGCGAUGAUUUGACAGACGUUACCAACAAGUUGGGGCAUCUUCUUAUACAAUGGUCCAAUGUCCUGAUGGAAUUCCAAGAUUCAGUGGAUCAAUACCGUGACACUUUGAAAUCCAUCAUUGUCAAGGAAUCCAGCUUGCAGCCAGGUCGUGACCAGAAGAGGAAACUUAGGGAUCAAAUUGAACGUUUGCAAAACUCGUUGUCUUCCAUGGACAAGAUGAGCAAUCUCAAGGAACAACUCGCUCAACUGGAAGAAUUCACUGCGCCUGACGAAGCGGAAAUGAGCAACUAUAAGCGUAUUGCUACACGCGAGGGCCUCUAUCUAUUGCUGAACGGUAUGCAUGCCAUGGCAAGCAAAUCUGACAUUAUCUCAACAUUUGGUAAAUACAUUGUCGACGAGCUGGAUGUGGAUCCGAUCAAAGCAGGCGAGGAAAGAAGACCUUAUGUAGGUGCUGAAAAGACAAAGCGUAUUCAGGAUGAUGCACAAAGAGCUAUUGAGCAAUGGAAUCCAGACAAGACCAAAGUACGCAGAACACUAACAGCUCACCAUGGCCACAAUCCUCUCAUUGUAAAGCAAUUGCCACCUGUUCCUCCCAAAGAUGAUGCGGUUGUCUCUCCAACUCCUUCUGCUACAACAUCCACCAAGAGCAGCAGUACAGAUGAAGCCAAUGUGCCUCCACGCCAUGUAUCCUUGGAAGAACAAAAUAAGCAAUAUUCAUUCUACAAGCCUGAUGAAGUUGUUGAGGACGAAGACGAACCUCGCCCAAGUGAAUCCACCAGUACAACGACGACGACGACGACUACUAAUAUAACCAACACAACACAUGGUGGAGGUGGUGGCUUCUCUAGUGUCUAUUUGCACCAUUCUUCGCCCUUUCAAAGCCAGCAACAGCCAUUUCAACAGCAUCAGCAACUGAAUCAGCAAAACCUGUAUCAGUUUUAUCAACACUAUCUACCUCCUCGACCUUAUGAUGAGAUGAAGAGCAUCUUUAGUCCAGGUGCUGUAUUCAGAGGAGAAGAAACAAAGAGGCAUGAUGCUGGAGGAUUCGUUUUACCUUCCACAAACCCCAACUAUCGACCCAAUCCGUCGACCUCAUCAAGAUCUGUGUCUUCCUCCAAGAGCAUCCCAUCAGAUGGCGAUAAAGACGACGAGCAAUGA